GCUAGAAAAUGGACUACGUACAAGAAGAACCUCGUUGAGCUUUACAAAUUGGAGGAUAACAAGUAUUCCAUCAAGGACCUUGAAACUAUGACUCAAGAUGAAGAUGAGAGCGUACGAGCAUUUGGGAUGCGUUUCCAGAAGAUCUCCGACGUGCUGAUGAAGAAGGGGAAGAUCUCAGAGGUCGAGCGCUGUACUAUCUUCAUCGGACACUUGUCCAAAGGUAGGCAAAAGAGUUUACUUAGAGAUCUUCCGCGCGACAGGCUUGAUUUCCCAGAAGUCCUAAAGCUCGCGAUAAAGGCAGAGGCAGACGAUUACAAGGACUUGGUGUGGAGAGGGAUGARGAGACGUGACUUCUCUCUCUACAAGGAGUAUGCCACUGAUAGAUGUCCUGAUUUCAAGGACUAUCCCUGGUCGGAAAAGAAUGAGGCCGUGGCUGAGGAAGUGAAGGAGAUACGGGACAUGGUGAAGGGAUUGACGAGACAGGUUAUAGAGAUUGUGACCACUACAGGGGCAACGGCCUACCGGGACAAACCUGGAGGGCCCUAUUCACUUCGCUGGGACCAUAGGAACAACGAUUCCUGGAGGAGUGUCGAGGAUAGAAAUCCUCGAACCCUGACUGAUUAUCGUACGAGGGGAAGAGAGAGAGACGAUGAGCCAUGGCGACGAAAGGACGAUGAGAUAGACCGAGACCGCAGACAUCGCGAGCCAUUUGCGCGAGCAAGGAGGCUGGAUGAUUACCCGCGAAGCCCUCGCUAUGAGGCCGACCGGGAUAGAGGCGACUCCCGCGGCCGAUGGGAGACAGAUCAGGGCCGACGAGAUGGAUAUAGGGACAACAGAUACGAGAGAUCGGACCGAGAUGGAUAUAGGGAUGACAGAUACGAGAGAUCGGACCGAGACGGGUAUAGGGAUGACAGAUACGAGAGGUCGGGACGAGAUCGCUACAGAGGUGGUAGGUAUGAAAGAGGAGAUCGGGACUGGGAACGACGAGAUGGUUCGCGCGGACUGUUUGAGCGCGAGGGAGAUGCGAGAGAGCAGCGCGAUGGGUCGCGGGGGUGGUACAACCGAGGGGACCGACGCGAUGAGUCACGAGGGCGAUAUGACUCAGGGGACCGCCGGAAUGAUUCGCGAAGGCAGUAUGAGCAAGGAGGGUCUGGAGGAGACCGCCGCAACGAUUCGCGCGGUCGGAAUGAGAGAGGGGGAUAUGGCGUCUCAUCAGAACCAUAUCCCAAGUCGCCUGACCCCAAGGCAGCCAGGAGUUCGAUGUCGAGAAGCGCAGACGACAUGCCAUCUACUCCCAGGAACUCAUGCAUUUACUGUAGAGGAGAAGAUCAUAUCAAGAGGGAUUGCCCGGACCUCAAAUGGGCAAUAGAUGAGGGACUUGUCGUGCUUGACGACCGCAAUUGGACGAUGCGAAUUUAACAGUCAGCGGAACAAAGAGCCGAUGGGCCG